AUGGCGAAUAUUGGUGAAGAGACAGACGAGGAGCUCACAGGCCCUCCUGGAGCCACUGCCUCGGCGCAACCAUUUGGCCCUGCAGCUUUUGCGCAGCCACCGCCUACAAACCCUUUUCAGCCAACGAGCCCUACCAAUGCGGGAACUGAGAUUGCUAUGACUGCUGCCGACUUGAGAGUCCUUAUGCAACGCAUGUCAGAGGCUACGCAAGCUGCCAGUGCAGCUGCUCAAGCAGCGGCUUUUGCGAGUACGGCUCAAGGUUCUCGACCUAUGGGAGUUGGAGACCUUACCAAGGUUUUGCCGAAGCCGGAUCCUUUCCGGCCAACCUCGCGCGAUGAGGAAUUUGCGCAAUGGCCUCAGUGGAGCUGGACGUUCGAACAGUAUUUAUCAUGCUUGGAACCUGAGUUCAGCAGUGAGCUUCGUGAUUAUGGCCGGCAGCAGACAGCAGUGACUUUGAGUUCUUUGGACGAGGGCGCCAAGCGGCGGUCUCGACUACUGUACGGUAUGUUGAAUGGUCUACUGUAUGAGCGCGGCAGGCGAUUGCUGCGAUCUGUUCAGGAUCAGAAUGGAUUUGAGGCCUGGAGGCUUCUCAGCAAAGAUCUUAUGCCAAAGACUCGCAAUCGCGUCUUAGCCUUGUUGCGAACGAUCAACAGCUGGCCGUCCUUUGCGGCCCAACAAGGACUUGCUCAGCAGCUGCUGCGCUUAGAGAGUGCCUUUGAGGAGUACGAGCGCCUCGAGCCAGGACAGCUUCGUCAGCAUGCCAAUGUAGUCAUUUCCGAUAACAGCUCUUACAGUGAUGUCCGUGAGCUUGUGCUGCGUUGGGAUGGAGCUAACACCAAGUGGCAAACCAGUGUUGCUUCGAGUUAUGGUCUUAGUGAUGGAAAGAAAGGUUUGCAUGAUACCGGCGAUGUUGCGCCGAUGGACAUAGACCGUGUGCAUGCGAAAGGUGACAAAGGCAAAGACCGCAAAGGCAGGCCCAAAGGCGGCAAAGGCGAUAAAGGCAAAGACGGCAAAGGCAAGCACAACAAAGGCGGCAAAGGCGAUGCAGGCAAAGGCGACAAAGGCAAGAGCAAGGGAGGCAAGGACAAAGGUGGCAAUGCAAAGGGUAAUUGGCCCUCCGUGUGCAGUUGGUGCCAGAAGCCGGGGCACUACAAGAGGGACUGCUUUCAGUUCAAGGCCUACAUGCAAGGCCAUCAGAAAGGUGCCCGGCAGGUUCAGGCAAAUUCUUCUGCAGCGUCUGAAGCCGGCACCAGCACGACUGCCCCUUCUUCCGCGAGUGCACUUCAAGCCCAGCAAGGUAAGGCAGGACAGUCCACCGUUCGCCGUGUUGCGGCUGAACCACUGCUUUUCGACAUGUCUGACCUGGAGGAUCCGUUUCCCUAUGAGCCCAAUGUCUGUAUGAUUACUGUGACUGCGCCACAGAGCGUUGCAAUGGAUUCCCAGGAUGAUGACGAUCAGUGGACUCUGCCUCCUGAUGACUAUGCUGUGCUUGACUUGGUGCCCUUGAUUUUCAAAGGCUACUCUCUUGCUGUGAAUGCUCAGAUUCGCCGUGUGGAGCGUGAGGAGCAAGACGUGAUGCACUACAAUCCAGGUGCAGGUGAGGUCAACAACAACUCUGAGGAUGAGGCUAGUGAAGGUGAGCUUCAUGCUGGACUCCGACAGUCCAACAGCCGACAACAGGUCCGUGAUGCCAACAGCCAACAGCAGGUCCGUGAUGCCAACGGCCAACAGGUCCGUGAUGCCGACAGCCAACAGGUCCGUGAUGCCGACAGCCAACAGGUCCGUGAUGCCGACAGCCAACAGGUCCGUGAUGCCGACAGCCAACAGGCGUGUGAUGCCGAAUGCAGUCAGUCCCAGUUUCAAGCCACAGGUGAGGUCCAUGAGGUGUGCUCUAGCAAGCUACAUGUUGCGUCCAUCCAGGUGCGUUUUGAGGCUACGACCCUUGAGUCUCUCGAUUUCGGAUGGCAAGUCAGUUCGUCUGGGCACCUGGUGUGGAGAGGUCGCACAAGUAGGUUCGUUGAUCCGAGUUUCAUGGCGCCGAUCGGUUGGCCUCUCAGGAGCACCCUCAUUUGCCGCAGUGGAACAUGGUUUCUGCUUGAACACUGUGUGCCGUGGGCUGACUUGAAGGAGGUUGAAGCAGUUCUGCCCGGAGGUCAGGUUGCCGAGGUCAUUUCAUUUUUGCACGUGCAGGUCGAGCCAGUUUCUGAGAUAGGUGUGCAGCUCCCUGCAGGCAUGACCGAACCGCAAGGUCUGCCAGAGCCAGAUUUUUAUCAUUUUCGAGCUGAGACUGAGCAAGCGCCUGUCGGGACAGUUGAGCACGAUCGUGUGGUGCCUGAAGAUGAGGCUAUGCAAGGCCUAGAGGAUGCAGCUGGACAAUCGAGCCCAGCGCCAAUGCCACUGCCCGAACAGCUAGAAGCUGGAGUGCCAGCCGGCAAUGUCGAGCCGCUGAGUCUUGAUGGUGUGCUCAUUUCGCACGACUCCAGCCUAGCUGUUUUGAAAACUGCAGCAACCAAGCUCAACCUCAGCACGGCCGGCUCCAAGUCCCGUCUCUUCAGUCGUGUCAAGGGAUAUCUUGAGAAGCAGCGUUUGGCCUUAGAGUUGGAGCUUGCUGCCGAUGCUCAGUCUUCAGGUGAAAGGCAACCAAGGGUUCAGCCUGUAGCGGCCGCUCCCACUGAGGCGGAACGGUUCCUCCAUGAAUGCACGCAUUUGCCUUUCAAGCCGUGGUGCCCACACUGCAUCAGCAUGCGAGCAAUGCCAGAUCGGAGUGAGUACUUGAAGGAGGGCCCCCGCGAUAAUCCAAUUAUUCAAUUUGAUUUUUCAUUUUCAGGCUACAGUGUGCCGGACGGCAUUUGCAACCUCGAUGCUGCUCCCGAGGACUCCCAGCGUGCACUCAAGUGUCUUGUGGCGCACGACAGCGCUACUGGAAUGAUCGCAGCGAUCCCAUGUGAGUCCAAAGGUGAUACAAGGUAUUUAGGCAUUGAGCUUAUGAGGUUCAUCCAGAGCCUCGGUCACACCACUGUGACUUUGAAGUGUGACAACGAGCCCUCCACUUUGACUCUUCAGCGUGCCAUUGUUACGGCCCGACAGCGACUCGGGUUGCAAACGCUUGUGCAGAAUCCUGUUAUAGGUGCCAAAGGUUCCCUAGGCUUUUGUGAGAAGGCCAUCGACUCAGUGCGGAAGCUCGCAAACACCUUGCUUGAUCAGGCCCGUCACCGCACCGGCCUUCCACUACCUACGACACAUGUGCUGUUUGCAUGGGCGUUUGUGCACAGUGCAUGGCUGCUCAACAGAUACAGAGUCAUUGGCAACAUGACAGCUUACGAAAGGGCCUGUGGGGCUAAGUACAGUGGGCGAAUUGCGCCUUUCGCCGAACCCGUCUACUGCCAGCUUGAUGUUAAGCAGAAAGGCGACAAGCGGUGGAUGCUCGGGACCCUGGUGAGCGAAUCAUCGCUCAACGACAUGUACAUCAUUGCUGGCAAGGACGGAAUCCGGCUGUCACGAUCCAUCCGUCGUGUGGGUCAGCCGUGGGAGCUUGAAGUUCAGCUCUACCGUGAGCUGAAAGGCUACCCUUGGGACUAUGGGAGCGGUGUUAUAGGGACCAAGUUUGUUGCAAUGCCGAAGCAACGAAAUCCUGCUGUCGACCCAGUGCCUGAUGUGGCACCACCAAGGUCCCCUGAUGAGGCUGCGAGCGAGCCACCGACUCCUGCAGUUGAGGCACUUGGGAUGCCGGUUACGCCGUUGGGCGGGGCCGGAGCAAUGGCGCCUCCUAGGCGCAAUGUGCCUCCUCCUGAAAGUGCUCGAGCAGUUCCAGAUGAGAGAAUUGCUGUUACAGAAGAGCCUCCUGGGCCGAAUCCGUCUAUGCGGCCCGAUCCACCCAGCACUCCCGAAGCUGAACUGCCACCGUUGAAGAAGCUGCGUAUUCGUGCUGUGACUUUUGGUGAGCAUUCGUAUGAGGUGAAUGACGAAGGGGAGUUCGACUUGGAUCAGCCCGAUGGCUGGGAGGUUCAGACCAAGCUUUGGUCCAUGGAGUCCGAGAUGGACGACAGUUUCACGAGUGAGCUCAAGGCCGAUCCCGAAGCGGAGGUGGCCGAGGAUGAUGAUAGAUUGUGGUUUCCUGACAAUGGAAAGGAGCCAGAGCUCGAUGAUGCCAUUUUGGCCGAGCUCGACAACCUUGCUGAUCAGGUUGAGGUCAGCAGACUGCUGAAGAAGUCUGUGAUGAGAGAUGCCACGAGUGAUGAUGAUUUGGCUUCGAUGAAGAGCCUCACUACAAAGUUUGUUCGAACGUGGCGACACAAGAAGAAGAAUGGGAUUCCUUCAUGGUACCGUCGAUCCAGACUCUGUGCUCGAGAGUUUCGGUGGUUGGAUGAGUCCAAAGAAGGGUUGUUCAGCCCUGCUACCAGCACGGAUAUUGUGCGCCUCAUUCCGGCGCAGUGGCUGACUUGGAAUCAGACGCGGCCAUCCGAGCAGUAUGCCAUUUUGGCGCUCGAUGUGAAGGACGCGUACCUGGAGGUUCCUCAGCCCUCAGCCGACCCCGGUGGUUUCUAA